ACUUCCGGCAGGCGGCGGGGCCCGGAAGCGGCGCGCGGGGCCGGCGAAUCCCGCGGCGCCAGGUGGGAGCGGGGCCGGAGCAUGCGGGGCGGCCGGCGGUCUGCGGCGCGCGGCGCAUUCGUUCCCCCGCGGCGGUGGCGGCGGCGCGCGGCGGCUCUCCAGUGAGCGGCGGAGCCCGGAGCGGCGGGCUGGGCGCCGGGCGGGCGGGGCUCGCGGCUGAGAGGCGGGCGGGCCGGGGGCGCCGGGCGCGGGGCCGCCAUGUGGAGCGGCCGCAGCUCCUUCACCAGCCUGGUGGUGGGCGUGUUCGUGGUCUACGUGGUGCACACCUGCUGGGUCAUGUACGGCAUCGUCUACACCCGCCCGUGCUCCGGCGACGCCAACUGCAUCCAGCCCUACCUGGCGCGGCGGCCCAAGCUGCAGCUGAGCGUGUACACCACGACGAGGUCCCACCUGGGUGCUGAGAACAACAUCGACCUGGUCUUGAAUGUGGAAGACUUUGAUGUGGAGUCCAAAUUUGAAAGGACAGUUAAUGUUUCUGUACCAAAGAAAACGAGAAACAAUGGGACGCUGUAUGCCUACAUCUUCCUCCAUCACGCUGGGGUCCUGCCGUGGCACGACGGGAAACAGGUGCACCUGGUCAGUCCUCUGACCACCUACAUGGUCCCCAAGCCAGAAGAAAUCAACCUGCUCACCGGGGAGUCUGAUACACAGCAGAUCGAGGCGGAGAAGAAGCCGACGAGUGCCCUGGAUGAGCCAGUGUCCCACUGGCGACCACGGCUGGCGCUGAACGUGAUGGCGGACAACUUUGUCUUCGACGGGUCCUCCCUGCCUGCCGAUGUGCAUCGGUACAUGAAGAUGAUCCAGCUGGGGAAAACCGUGCAUUACCUGCCCAUCCUGUUCAUCGACCAGCUCAGCAACCGCGUGAAGGACCUGAUGGUCAUAAACCGCUCCACCACCGAGCUGCCCCUCACCGUGUCCUAUGACAAGGUCUCACUGGGGCGGCUGCGCUUCUGGAUCCACAUGCAGGACGCCGUGUACUCCCUGCAGCAGUUCGGGUUUUCAGAGAAAGAUGCUGAUGAGGUGAAAGGAAUUUUUGUAGAUACCAACUUAUACUUCCUGGCGCUGACCUUCUUUGUCGCAGCGUUCCAUCUUCUCUUUGAUUUCCUGGCCUUUAAAAAUGACAUCAGUUUCUGGAAGAAGAAGAAGAGCAUGAUCGGCAUGUCCACCAAGGCAGUGCUCUGGCGCUGCUUCAGCACCGUGGUCAUCUUCCUGUUCCUGCUGGACGAGCAGACGAGCCUGCUGGUGCUGGUCCCGGCGGGCGUUGGAGCCGCCAUUGAGCUGUGGAAAGUGAAGAAGGCAUUGAAGAUGACUAUUCUUUGGAGAGGCCUGAUGCCCGAAUUUCAGUUUGGCACUUACAGCGAAUCUGAGAGGAAAACCGAGGAGUACGAUACUCAGGCCAUGAAGUACUUGUCAUACCUGCUGUACCCUCUCUGUGUCGGGGGUGCUGUCUAUUCACUCCUGAAUAUCAAAUAUAAGAGCUGGUACUCCUGGUUAAUCAACAGCUUCGUCAACGGGGUCUAUGCCUUUGGUUUCCUCUUCAUGCUGCCCCAGCUCUUUGUGAACUACAAGUUGAAGUCAGUGGCACAUCUGCCCUGGAAGGCCUUCACCUACAAGGCUUUCAAUACCUUCAUUGAUGACGUCUUUGCCUUCAUCAUCACCAUGCCCACGUCUCACCGGCUGGCCUGCUUCCGGGACGACGUGGUGUUUCUGGUCUACCUGUACCAGCGGUGGCUUUAUCCUGUGGAUAAACGCAGAGUGAACGAGUUUGGGGAGUCCUACGAGGAGAAGGCCACGCGGGCGCCCCACACGGACUGAAGGCCGCCCGGGCUGCCGCCAGCCAAGUGCAACUUGAAUUGUCAAUGAGUAUUUUUGGAAGCAUUUGGAGGAACUCCUAGACAUUGCGUUUUCUGUGUUGCCAAAAUCCCUUCGGACAUUUCUCAGACAUCUCCCAAGUUCCCAUCACGUCAGAUUUGGAGCUGGUAGCGCUUACGAUGCCCCCACGUGUGAACAUCUGUCUUGGUCACAGAGGUGGGUGCUGCCGGUCACCUUGAGCUGUGGUGGCUCCCGGCACAUGAGUGUCCGGGGUUCGGCCAUGUCCUCACGCGGGCAGGGGUGGGAGCCCUCACAGGCAAGGGGGCUGUUGGAUUUCCAUUUCAGGUGGUUUUCUAAGUGCUCCUUAUGUGAAUUUCAAACACGUAUGGAAUUCAUUCCGCAUGGACUCUGGGAUCAAAGGCUCUUUCCUCUUUUGUUUGAGAGUUGGUUGUUUUAAAGCUUAAUGUAUGUUUCUAUUUUAAAAUAAAUUUUUCUGGCUGUGGCA